AUGCCAAAAUCAAAGCGCAAGGCCGUAGUCAAAUCCAAAACACCUGCAAAACACACUCGCGCCCAACCCGUAUCCACCAAGAGCAAAUUCGGCCCGCAGCCCGUUUUCUUCUGCGACCCCGACACUUCAACUGAGGGCGGGUUUCUCUCGCCAUGGUAUCGCAGUCCCUUUGAAUACAUCUUAGCUGAGAAAGCGAGGAUAUUUGACGACAAGGCAUGUCUGCACUUGAGCCAUGCAUGGACAUUGUUUUAA